AUGCUGGGGCUGAUGAUGGCGAUCAUGCUGUUUCAGGUGGAGGGCGUCAGAUCCACUGCCAGGCGGGCCCCGCCAGCUGCGGCGCUCCCGAAGAUACAGCGCCGUGGCCUGCACGCCUGGCAGACCUCGGGCACCGACUUCUUCGAGGGCCACAAGAGCGACCUGCUGAGCGGCGGCUGCCCCCCGAGGCUGCUGGUGCACGCGCAGAUGGACGCGACGGCGCGCCAGUACAUGAGGGCCUGCAGGAAGUUCUGCAACUGGGCAGAGGAGCAGGAGGUCGAGAUCUACCCGAGCUGGCGCCUGGAUAAGGCGAUCAGUGUCUACCUGGACGUCCUGUGCUUCGACGACGAGAUCGGCGUCGGUGAGGGCAAGAGCUUGACCUCGGGCAUGCUGGCCAUGUACCCAGCGCUUCGCCUCCCGGAGGCCUACCGCGCCCUGAAGGCCUGGGAGGGUCUCCGCCCCACGGUGCAAGGCUCGCCCAUCGGCGUCCCGCUGCUGAUGGAGAUCGUGGACCAGAUGUCUCACUACGGCGAGGACGGCCUCACAGCAGCGGACGCCGCUCUGCUCGCCUUCGACUGCUACCUCAGGGAGCAGGACUGGGAGCUGAUGAGGGUUUCGGACGUCGUCUCGGCCGACGGCGUGACCGCGAUCCGGCUGGGCGUCCAGGAGCGCGGCGAGCGGGUCAAGACAGGGCAAGAGCAGGGCGUUUUGAUUGACUACCCCGGGACCCAGAGGAUGCUUCUCAACCGUAUCCAGGGCAAGAAAGAGGACGAUCGCAUUUUCCCCAUCAGCCAGAACCUGAAGGAGCUGGGUAGCCAGAAGUACCAUGACCUCGGUGAGCGGCCCAAGAGGCCGCGGUCCUGAGCUGAAAGCUGUGAGUGCUUGGGUUUCUGUUUAGUUCGGAGGCGGGCCUCGCUUUUACCCUCUCCGCCCCCCCUUUCUCGCUUUGCCCGCCUCAAGUGUCCUGAAGGACCCCUUACAGGAUUCCGGGAGUGGCCGUGCAUGACUGUCUAGAUUCGCGCUCGUGGAGCGCGAGUGCGAGGCCUGUCAAUAACUUCGGCCACUGCGAGGUUGCUCGCAUUUCUCGCGAAACAGUUUCUUGUGCGGCAGGAGUCCGAGGAAAAACAUGUGCGAUAGUGCUCUCUCUUGUUUAACUCGUUCGAGCUGUCGCUCCCCCCCGGCGUCCCUUCAAAGCUAG